ACAUUUAAAUUUCAAUACACAAUUCAUUUCUUGAAUUAGGUAGGUGCCAUUUUGUUCCAUAACCUUUCACCACUUUCAUUUUCUUUUCUCCUUUCGUUACACAUUCCUGAUACGUAUGAUUUGUACGAUGAUUAAACAAUGUUUAAUUAUUAAACGGAGACUCGAUGAUAUGCAUCAUAACGAACAGAAAUAUCUUCAAAAAAAAAAAAAAAAUCGGUACAAAAAUUGUAACUCGUGUAGAUGCCUUUAUCACUACCUGCAGAAGACAGCGGAUGCGUAUCAUUCAAAGGUAAAGAAGAUUUCUUCGUGAUCGUCGGUGGAAAGAUGUUUUCUGGAUGUUGUCCAAGAAAUUGAUUUUAAAGCUCCCCUCUCAACAAGGCGACAACCAAAGAUUGGUUGUCACGAGAGGGCGCAAUUGCUACACCGAUCAAAAAUUACGUCGCUGCGAUGAAAACAGAUGAAAAAGAGAUCCUAGUCUGACAUGACAGAAUGUUUUCUUGAGUAUAGCAUAAUCGGAAAUCUACGAGUAGCGAUGGCUACAUUAAGUUAUAGAUCUUUUAUUCUUUUCUUUUUAACUAUACUUAUUAAUGCCGUUGAAAGUUAUCGUGCUGUGGUUGUUAUCCAUGGUGUGCUUACUGGAAGCGACAGUAUGGAACUUAUUAGCAACAGAAUACAAGAGAUGCAUCCUGGGACACAGGUUUAUAAUACGCCGAGAUAUGCAGGAUGGAGUAGUCUAGAACCAAUGUGGCGACAAGUAGAAGAAAUAGGGAUGGAUGUCGUGUCCGUAGGUGCUGCAUUCCCCGAAGGAAUAAAUUUAAUAGGUUAUAGCCAAGGUGGUUUAUUAGCUAGAGCCAUAUUGCAAAGAUUUCCUAAUCAUAAUGUCAGGAAUUUUAUCUCUUUGAGUUCGCCACAAGCAGGACAAUACGGAACUCGAUUUUUGCAUUUAUUUUUCCCCGAUUUAGCGUGUGAAACUGCUUAUGAAUUAUUUUAUUCAAAAGUUGGACAACAUACCAGCGUCGGAAAUUACUGGAAUGAUCCUCACCAUCAGGAAUUAUAUUACAAAUACAGUAGGUUCCUUCCACUCGUAAACAACGAGAAAAAUUCGACACUGGGGUCAACGUUUAAACAAGGACUUACCAAACUAAAACGUAUGAUACUUAUUGGAGGCCCUGAAGAUGGCGUUAUCACCCCAUGGCAAAGUAGUCACUUUGGAUAUUUUGAUGCUAAUGAAACUGUGAUAGAUAUGCGCGAUCGAUCUAUUUAUACAGACGACUCAAUUGGAUUGAAGACAUUAGAUGAGAGUGAUAGACUUACCCUCAUUACAGUACCAAAUAUUCCCCACAUAGAGUGGCACAAAAAUAUAUCUAUAGUAGAUAACUUUUUACUGCCGUACCUGGAUUAGUGUAAACUGUUACGAACUAUUUAAAGUUAAUUGCUAUAAUAUGUCAUGAAGAAACUAACAAGAUACGAGAGAUCUUGCCUAAUCGUGACAAUUGAUGUAAUUAAAUUUUAUAUAUAUACAUUUUAUGAUCUCUUAGUAUUUUGCUAU